CGGGGAGUCUGGAUGCUGCUGCAGGGAUGGAGUUGAACCCCAAAAACAACGAAGUGUGGCUUAGAGUUUGAGACAAAGAAGGGAGCUUUAGCGUCAGCUCUCCAGCUGAUGGAUUUCUGCUGAACAAUAAGUAGGAAUAAUCAUAAAAUGAAGCUGCUGAAGCCGAGCUGGGUGAGCCAUAACGGUGAGUCUGUGCAGGAAUCUGUUGGACCAAGUUGGGCUUUUGUUGUCGGAGGGGGUGAAGCAAACACGGGAGGCAUGGUGGUGGAGGGGGCCGACACUUGUUUGACUUGUUUGUCACGUUCAAAUCCGCCACCUUCCACACUGUAAAUAAGCCUUGAACCCAGAGAGACACGCUCUUGUAUCGCUUUAGGGUCUCUCUGUGAUACGAGCCGCUAACUUCGGCUAGCUCGCUGUUAGCCCUCCGGCUAACUUAUCACUGCUAACUAACUAUCGGACUAACAUCCCACUUCACAGUUACCGUAUUAAUGUGACUUCUUAAAUAUUUUUGUGUCCAGUUUAACAUUUAACAAAGAAUAUUCAAUGUAAAGAAAGUGAGAAAGGUUUGCGUGAAGUCUAAAAGUGUCUUGGAAUUCUCCAGGCUGUCAGUUUGAAAGUUGAGGGUUAACUGUCAGCGUUCUUUAUUUGAUCUGUAAAACGGCCGACAGCUGUGCAGGUUUCUACCAGAAUACUGCACUAUCAAUAAAUCAAAUGUAAUCAUCCUACAGUUCUAUCCUGAAUAACGGUGCACGGCUGACAGUGAAUACAGUUGUAUUUGAUUAAGGACCUCAAACCUUUAUUAAGAAUGUUUGCUUUGCUAAUUUAUAAAACAAAACUCCCACUGCAUUUUUUACUUGUAUUUCAAAUGUGAAGUGUUACUUUCAGAAAAAAAAGUUGGACUAUGUUUAUAAAUAAGAUUUUCACUGACAAAUAAUGUCAUAAAUGCAGUUAUUGAAAGAUCGAGUCCAUCUAAUGAGUGAAGCUGAAUUAUGUGCCUAUACCAGAUUUGUCACUUAAAGAGUCUUUGUUUUUUCUUAAAGGUAAAAAAAAUAAAUAAAAACUUCCUGCAGAACAUAUAACACAGUUACUCAUGGACCCUGGGUUUGUUUACAGUCUGUGGAAAUUCCACAGAGAUGUUCAGUAUUUUUCCAUCAGGUUAACAGUUUGAAACCUGUUUAAAAAACUCUGAACUCCUUAUCAUAUCCCUGAAGUGUGUCACAUGAUGUUUUUUUUCCAUAUAAUAACAGCUUUCUUUGACUCCAAAAGUAAAUUGUUUAUGUUGAUUUAUUUAUUUAUUUUUUUUGUCGUUUCCACAGGCAAACCCAUAUUUUCAGUCGACAUCCACCCUGAUGGGACUAAAUUUGCAACCGGUGGUCAAGGUAAGACCAGAGCUGUUUAAGCUGCUCCUGUUUUUGGACCACUCGCAUUGUAGUAGUACACUUAUAGAGUUGUGCAGGGUUGUGUUCAGUUAAAAUACCUGCUGUUGAUAAUAUGUGAUAAUAUAUGCAUAAAAUCACACAAGGAGAGAUUAAGAAAUAACACACAUUAUAAGAGACAAAAUCCAAACAAAUACAGCUCUUAAAAGGCUUUGGAAAAAAAUUAAAAUAAAAGAUAAAGUAAAAUUAGGAAAGGCUCUUUGAUCAAAGUAUGUUUGAAGAGGUGAUUUCAAAGAAGACUGAUGAUGAUACCCUCCAAAAGUCAUUCCUAAUUGUUGUACCUGCUGACUUAAUCCAAUGUUUUCUUUCUCUUCGAUGUGGUGUGCUUUCAGGAGAGGAUUCUGGUAAGGUGAUGAUAUGGAACAUGGCACCAGUACUCAGAGAGGAGGAUGAGAAGAAUGAAAAUAUCCCCAAAAUGCUUUGCCAGAUGGACAAUCACUUAGGUAACUCGUGAUUUUUGAGCUGAAUGUAAAAAAAAAAAACUACCAGAUUUAUUUGUUUAUUAAUUUCAUACUUCUAACGAUCUCAAAUGACUUCUGAAGCUGGACACUUGACAUCUUGUGAUGGAGACAGUCAGUUCAGAGUAACACCCUGAACACUCCUACCUCUUCAGAAGAGCUAUUUUCUGCUCAUUAAAGUUGAACUAGAGCUGCAAACUUGGCCCUGUUUUUUCAACAUAUUUGUUUUUUUUUAUUUCCCAAUUUCUGCAAAAAGUUUUGAUAUUGUUUCACAAAUGGAUGAAUUUCACAAUUGAUGGACCAAAGGGCCAAUGGUAGUGGACAGCUCCUCUCUCUUUGCUGCAGGACAGAAAGAUUCAGAAGAUCUUUUGUACCCACAGCCAUCAGACUUUACAACUCUUCUGUAAAUAGUAGAUAACUUUUUGACACAUGACAACUGAGACUACAGACAAUUGAAUUUCCCUUUGAGGAUAAAAUAAAGUUGUUCUUAUUAUUCUUAUUCUUAAAAUUCUCAGCCUUCAAACCAGCUGUAAAUACUGCAGCAGAACCAUCUCAGACAGAUCCAUGCCAUCAAAGGUCAUCCACUAAAAGUUCCAGUUUUUUUACUGACAGGCUCAGAUUUUUGUUUUGAAUUGUCUGACAACUUCAGAGAAAUGAUUUUUUCAGGAGUAGACCUUUUUUGUGAGAGCAUUAUUUUUAACGCCCUCCUACUAUAGCCUCUGUUUCAUGAUUGUCAUGAUAAACACCUUCUUGAGGAUGCUCCUCUUAUAAUGACUCAUGACUCUGCUCAGAGCUCCUGAUUAAAUCCUGCUGCCCUCUGUUUUCUAAGAGGCUGAUUUUGUCUCUUUGUCAUCAGUCUGCUCCUGCUUCAUUUUUAUUCAUCUGCUUCAGCAGGAGAAUAAGUUUUUUGACUCCUGCACCUACAGUUAAAUCCACUGUUUGUACCUCUGCCAUGAAUGACUGUCUUGCAUGUCUGGAGCUCGGAGAAACUACUCAAACUGACAGCUUUGAGUUGUUUUUUUUUUAUCCUGUAUUCUCUAAGGAGAACUCUUCCUGCUGCAGAGGAGUGCGUUUACUCCCAUGUGACAAUGCUCCUCAGAGAGAGAGAGAGAGAGAGAGAUAGAUGAAAAUAACUUCAUCUGUCCUGCUCUGUUUAUUUCCCAUUCACACACAGCUGCAGUCUGAGAGAGCUGAAUAAAUGUACGAGCAGUCAGGUUUAAUACGAGGGAAAGCUGUAACUGCAGGGGGCUGCAAGUGAUAACUAAAACUAGAGUUUGUAAAUAUGUUUGUUUGUUUGUCCACAGCGUGUGUGAACUGUGUGCGCUGGUCCAACAACGGGCUGUACCUGGCUUCAGGAGGAGACGACAAGCUGGUCAUGGUGUGGAAGAGAGCUGCGUAAGUACACACAAACACCAGCAGUGAACAAAUGAUGCAGGUGAUGGACUUACGGUUCAGCUUCUAUGAUUUUCAGGAUCCUUUCCUCAUUUCAUUUCAUUUUGAUAAUGUGUUGGAUUUCUCUGCAGAUUCAUCGGUCCCAGCACUGUGUUCGGUUCCAGCAGUAAGCUGGCCAACGUGGAGCAGUGGAGGUGUGUUACCAUCCUGAGAAACCACACAGGAGGUAAGACACUUGGUCAUGUCAUGGCUCUGCUCAAGGUCAGAAAGUCUGAGAGAUCCUAGACCACGUCCUUGUUUUGUCUGUGUUUUAUGUGCAGAUGUGAUGGAUGUGGCGUGGUCUCCUCACGAUGUGUGGCUUGCCUCCUGCAGCGUGGACAACACCAUCGUCAUCUGGAACGCUCGUAAAUUUCCAGGUGUGUGAUGCUGAAACCUGAACUCACUCUGUCUGCAGAAACGAUGCAUGAAUGAAUCUUAACAAGCUCAUUACAAAUGUCAGGUUCCAAAAGGCCACGUGCUUAAAAACAGCUCUCAGCUCAUGAGUUUUCAGUCUAUGUCGGGGUGUCAGGGUUAGAAACACUACAGUUGAGGGAUUGUUGAUGCUGUGAUAGAUUUGAGACUGGUAUGAGAUGCUCUGUCCUUGACAGCAGUCCGUGCUGUACUUUUUGUACUUCCUGUGUGAAGCUGUACAGUUAGCUUUUGAAAAUACAAGCAAGAUUAGAGUUUACUGCACCUAACUGCUGAAUCAAAUUGGACCGCUGGUUGGAAAUACACCGUAAUAGGGUCAGAAACAGCAGUAUGAAGUCAGACCAAAACACAGUCCUUUGAAUCCAAAAUGAAAUAUCUAACUUUCUCAAAGAUCUCUAAACUUUUUGUUUGUAAGUGUCUCUUUGUGCGCUCCGUCUCUGCAGAGAUGGUGGUGUGCCUGCGAGGACACACCGGGCUGGUUAAAGGUCUGACGUGGGAUCCUGUAGGGAAAUACAUUGCCUCUCAGGCCGAUGACCAUAGCCUCAAAGUGUGGAGGACAGUGGACUGGCAGAUGGAAGCAAACAUCACCAAACCUUUCAGUGAGGUGUGGAAACCACCUUCUCAUGUAAGCUCUACCUCAUGUAAAGUUAACUAGAGAAUGUUUAAACCAUUUCCUGUGCUUGUGUGUGUGUCAGUGUGGGGGGACAACCCAUGUCCUGCGUCUGUCCUGGUCUCCAGAUGGUCAGUAUCUGGUGUCCGCUCACGCCAUGAACAACUCAGGCCCUACGGCUCAGAUCGUGGAGCGAGAUGGCUGGAAGACCAACAUGGACUUUGUGGGCCACCGUAAAGCUGUAACUGUGGUGGUAAGGAUGUUGUAAUCACACGCCUGUCCUUUACGUGUAAUCUCAGCUGAAAUCUGUCUGCUCACAGAUGCAUCUGUUUUCUUUUUCCUGCAGAAGUUUAACCCAAAGAUCUUUAAGAAGAAGCAGAAAAACGGCAGCUCUCCCAAACCCAGCUGUCCGUACUGCUGCUGCGCUGUGGGCAGUAAAGACCGCUCGCUCUCUGUCUGGGUCAGUUCUCACCGCAGUCUGUCCAGAUGAUAAAUAUUGAGGAAAAAAAAAGUCACAUUUGGUGUUUCAAAUGUUUUUGCUGCACUUGCACAAGAGAAAAAAAUCUGUCUUUUCUAUCUGCUGUGACCCAAAAUUGUCAAUUUUUUAAAUUUUUUAAUGUACAGAAACACAGUAGAGUCCAACCAGUGCUGCACCAGUUCACAUUUACUCAUAUUGCAACAUAAGGAUUUAAGGUGUUUAAUUGCAAUAAAUUAGUAAAAUAUUUUAAGGUAUGGGAUCUGUAUCUUCUCACUCAGCAUUCACACUUGACCUGUUAGAUGGAGGCUUCAAUUUUACAGCCUUGCUUUCAAAUGGUUGAACUUCCUGAGUUUGUAAGAUAAGAUAAGAAGAACUUUAUUUAUCCCCAAAGGGAAAUUCUAUCAAAUAAUUGUAUAUGUGCAGCGAGAAAAGGUAUCAUGCCUAAUCUCAUGGAGCCCUUGUUCUAACUCCUGCCAUCUGCCAAACAUAAUCAUUUUAGAAUUGAUGAAGCAUCAGUGUUAGUUAAGGAAACUUUGAGCUGAAUUGCAUUAAAAAAUGCUCAUGAAGGACUUUUAAACACAUUGGUUUCUAAUGCCUCUCUGUUUCUUCUCUACAGCUGACUUCUCUGAAGCGUCCCCUGGUGGUCAUCCAUGACCUGUUUGAUAAAUCCAUCAUGGACAUUUCCUGGUGAGUUAAGAGCAGUGCUGUGGGUUUGAUAUUUACAUGUGUUGGGGUCUAAAUGAUUAACGGCUUCAACGGAGGUCCUAAAGUCUUUCCAGGAAUUCAAGUUCUCCGUCUCUAGAUGGAUUUCUAUCAGUAGGAAAAAGAGGGGGUGAAAAAAAGUUGCACAUACAUCUGCUGUGAUUCUGUUUUGACUAUCCAAUUAAAUCAUGACGCUGUUGUGCACCAAUAAAGCCAACCAGAGCUUUGGUAUUAGCCAAUCAGAAACAGAGGAGGGCAGGUUCACUACUGCCCCCCAGGGAAGGAUCUGAAGUAACUUGUCAGACCUCUGCCGGCAGCAUUAUUUCCACUGCCGACGUGGGCUCCAGCAUCAUGAUAACAAGCCGAGGUCCACUGGUAUGACCACUGGUAUGGACAAUGUAACCCUGAAAUUAAAAAAAAAAUUAAAAAUGAAUGAAAAAAAUUAAUUAAAACAAAAGCAACCCCCGGCUGGCUGGAGGGAAAGCGGGGUGUUGGUGCCUCUAGCUGCGAUGGGGCACAGAUAAGAGAGACACGUCUCCUCGUGUCAUGACACGGUUAGUGGUGGCGGUGGCUAGUAGGCGCACCUGGCUGCAGGCUUUUCACCAGUGCAGCUGGGGUCCCCAAAUGCAGCGACUGCUUUGCUCCAACUGUGGUGAGAAAGUCAUUCAGCUCGCUGCCCACUUUACCACGGCACAGUCACCAAAGCAACAGCGGCCCCCGAGGUGCCCGCUAGCCCCUGCCUCUUGCUGCAUGGUAGAAAAGGUGCCAUUCUUCAAGUCCCACUCCAAUCAUGUUUUUUUUUUACUUUCUAGAGUGUUCUCAGUGGUCUUUAAGUUGUGAUUAUGAGGAUUUUAGCCAAAAACACGUUACCUGUGUCAUUUUAAAGAGUUUUUCCUCUGCAGAGCUCCAGUAGCUCAUUAGCAAUUCACCUCUGAGUCGCUUGUUCUACAAUCGCCCUUUCUAUUUCUUGGAGUCUGGUCUGCAGAGUGGGACGGAGCUUGGAGUUGUGACAUAGGAAAUCUCAUUGUGUCUGAACCUGCCGUUUAGGUUUCACAGUGAUUUGAAUGCAGAAAUACUUAAAAAUGCAAUUUUGCGCUUAGUUUUCUUAUGAUAUGUCCUGUAGCAUCAGACAAAUGCCAAAUGAACAUAUGUACAAUGUGAAAAUCCUGAUUUUCAUCAGAGUGGGUCUUUAAAGUGUGGUGCAGCCUAUUGCAGGGGAAUAUGAAAAAACGACGUCUUCUUGUGUGCAACAGACUCAGACUGUGACUUCCAGUGUCUGACAGCAUUACAGAAAGGAUCCCUGUUAAGAUAAUCAAAACUUUUGAUACUUUGACACUUUUUAUACACUUUAAAUAGAUUCAGGCUCACAUUUUUAACCAGCAGCUGCCACGAAUGAUUGAAAAUGAGAGAGUGAACAGCAGUGGUCAAUCGACUAGAGAUGCCAUGAGAAGGAGUCAGGGCCAACCACAUGGUCAAACUAAAACAUCAAAGUCAGUUCCUGAUGUUUGUAGAGCAGUUACACUCUCAGUGACUGGCACGCUUGCAGGGAGGUGCUGGGUUAGUUUUGGUUGCUGCUGCAGUUGCACCUCUUCCUUGUUUGUGCGUCUGUGCUCCGCUCUCCGUCACAGCCUCUAAAACGGCUCUUCUCAUUCAUGUUUCGCUAAGCACUUUAGGAUGGUGACUUGUGUUACUUCUACAUUUGCUGAUUUACAGAUUUUUAUAGCGCUUUUUUUCAGUGACCUCAAAGCUCUUUACAUUGGAUACAUCAUUCAUUCACUCACACAGUCACAACCUGGUGGUGGUAAACUACCUUAGUAGUCACAGCUUCCCUGGGGCAGACUGACGGAAACGUGGCUGCCAGUUUGCGCUUACGGCCUCUCCGCCCACCACCACACAACACUCACAAUCAUACACCAGUGGAGGACACACACACUGGGAGCAAUGUGGGUUAAGUGUCUUUCCCAAGGACCCAAUGGACAGACUAGGGAUAGGACGGGGCUCGAACCUCCAACCUUCCAGUUAUUGGCCGACCGCUCUACCUCCUGAGCUACUGCCGCCCAAUGAAUGAGAAAAUACAGACAGAACAAAGUCUCUGAAGAUACCUACACCAGCACACUUCCUCUUUAUUAUUCAUGAUGACUCAAUAAUUGGGUUAAAUAAAAGGGUAAUAUUGGGUAAUUGGGUAAUAAAGUGUAAUCAUCUUCAUCAACUUUAAAUUUGUGUUCCGAGAUGUUUUCUUUGCCAGCUCCGUGUGCAAGAAUUCAAAUAAACACAAUAAACCAUGUUGGGUGCCCAGGGGUUUUUUGGGCUAAGAUCAUAUUUGUAUCAUAUAUUUAAGGUUGACUUAUUAAAAUGAAAAGCCUUAUAUUGUGAUAGCUAAAUCCCCUUGAAGGAUUUCUCCUCAGUUUGAGGAACAGUUGUGAGUUUUAAUCAAAUACUGCUGAUGAAGCUGCACUAUACUGGUUCUGUAAGAACCUCUCUUGUCUGUAAGGUGAUGAAGAUGUCUCUGGAGCUUCCUCCUGAAUUCCUGGUGUGUGUUUCAGGACUCUAACAGGUCUGGGGAUGUUGGUGUGCUCCAUGGACGGGACUGUGGCCUACCUGGACUUCUCACUGGAUGAGCUGGGAGAUCCUCUGAGUGAGGAGGAGAAGGUGAGGCACAAAGAUGAUGUUUAAUAUUCGAUUUAAUAAUAUUAACACCCUGCCAUUGAGAUGAACCAGAUCUGUUUGCUCUUUAUUGCUUAAAAUCACCAAAAAAUAUGGGAAAAAAUAACAGUUUUUCGUCUUUCUUUCAAUGGUUGCUCUUUUGAUUUUUCUCUUCCAUCCUAAAAAUCUCUGAUACAAACUCCUCUCUGUCUUUUCUGACGUACAGAACAGCAUCCAUCAGAACAUCUAUGGUAAGAGUCUGGCUAUAACCAGCACUGAGGCUCAGCUCUCCACCACUAUUAUCGAGAACCCAGAGAUGCUCAAAUACCAGCAAGAGCGACAGAACUCGGCCCAGGCCCACUCAGGACCCGGCAGCACCGGGCCCGAAUCCGCAGCACCGAAACUGAACAGUGUGAUGAACGGAGAGUCUCUAGAGGACAUCAGGAAGGUGAGACACCGGUGUGUCAUGAAGGCGCUGGUGCUGUCUGUGUGAAUUUGUCUGUAUGUGGUUCCUGCUUUUUCAAAUCUGCGAGGAAAGAAGAAAAGCUGAAAACUAAGUCAGGAUACAAAAGAUAGCUAAGUAAUAAAGUCAAAUUCAGGGAGAAGAUAAAGCCGACUAACACAGACUUGUUCAUAGCUCAAAAAAGAAAGACUCAUUAAGAUAUUUCUGGAGCUCACUUUUCUUGGAUGUUUUUUCUGCUGUCUUUCAGAACCUUCUGAAGAAGCAGGUGGAAACAAGAACAGCAGACGGCAGACGACGAAUCACACCGCUCUGUAUCGCUCAGCUGGACACAGGGUAAGGAAACGAGACACCGAGUCUGAAUUUGAAUGGAGAAUAAGGCUGAAAUCUUCAUGUUAGAUCACAGAGCAGAAACCUCACCUUUCUCCACAACCAGAACAUUAUUGUAGCUUCUAGUGGAGAAUGUAGAUUUUUUUCUCUCAAAGAUACUUGGACUUUACUUUUGAAGUUCAUCAUCAGAGCUGGUGAACAUAUAUUGACCAGUUAGGGAAAUCUUUUUUAGCUGGAAGCUUUGGCUUUGAUAUUUAAUCUCCUGAAGUUAAAAAUUUGUGUUUACAAUAUCAGUUCUAGAGGUAUGAACACACGGACUGUAAAACCCGCUGCCUCUGUGAGGUCGGAUAAACUCUGUGUUUCUGUGACAUCCGAAGGCAUUUCUAUCCUGUCAGUGUUUUUUCAGAGACUGUCCAGAUCCAAUCCUGAAAUUAAUGAAGUCAAUCUGUGAAGAUGUAUGCAUCAAUUUAAGUGAAAUACUGUAAAAUGUCUGUGGUUAGCCAGCUUACAAGUCAGAGGCUGCCAUCUUUACUUUCCUCUGUUGACCAAUCUGAGGCUGUGUCUGCGAUCAGCUGGAAGUGAGGUCAUCCUUAAGCAGAUGUCACAGUCUGCUCUCAGCCCACAUCUAUGAUAGACUGAACUGUUUUCAUCCUUUUUAACUCGUUCUAGUCUCAGGAGACUCGAAAUGAUCCGAUCAACAAACAGACUGACAACAAAAUGACUGUGAGCAAAUGUGCAAAAUACUACAUUUUCACAAUGACAUACACUUUUUUUUUUUUAUACCAACACUUCUUUUAAGUUUGCUGCUUUUCUAGCGUUUGUACUUUUUUACGGCUGACUAUAGGAGCAGUGUACAGAUAUCACCUGUCCUGUGUCUGUACAUGUGCCUGGACCUCUUAGAAUGGCAAUAAACUCUUAGUCAGUGAUAAGUAACUGAAAAUAAUGACAUAAGAAAGUCUAAAACAUUUCGUUAUCUCAGUUGUCCAAUCAGAAAGCUGUGGGGAGAAGUAGUAAACCCGAAAGUAACAGGUACUGUAUCAUCUCAAAUGUUGAUACUCAUCGUUAAUCGUGCGUCCAGAUCCCCCAGCUCUGUCAUGAAGCUUUAUUCCAGCUAUAGUGGUCAUUUUCCAUUUAGUCCCACUCCGAUCACUUUUUUUACUACUAUAAGUGUUCUCAGUAGUUUUUAAAUCAUGUUAAUGAAGUUUUUAGCCAAAAUCGCGUCUCCCGUGUCAUUUUCAAGGGCUUUCCUUCUGCAGAACUCCAGUAGAUCAUAAGCAAUUCGCUUCUCAGUCGUGGGUGGAGACAGCGCUGCUCUCACCCUCCUCUUUACACUAGCUUACAGCCUAACAUUGCCGGUGUAGUAGAAGUGGCAGGUUACAUAGGAGCUAUUCAGCUCUCGGACAUCAAUGUCUUUAUGAACAUGAUGAAAGUUAAUAUCAUAAUUAGCUUCCUUAAGGGCAUUGCAAUCCGCUAACACACAGGUUUGUUCCAUGAUCGUCUUCUCUACUUCUUUGAGUCUGCCCUGCAUAUAAGAAAAACAUGAUUUUCAUCAGAGUGGGUCUUUAAAAGUAACACUUAUAUUGAUAAGGAUAUAAACAGCAAUAAAUCAGCAUCUUUCUCUCUGCAGGGAUUUCUCUCCGGCUCUGUUUAACAGUGCCCCCAUCCUGCCCUCGGGCUCCUCCAUGUCCAACCAGCUCACCUCUCAGCUCAGCUCUGACUCCAGCCCAGGACAGGCCUCCUCUCUGGGGCUCCGGCCCAGCCACGACUCCAUGCUCACCUCGCCUCCACCCGGCAGCUCCAACAAGGGUCUGGAGGACAACAAGGAUGGGUGCGGCAUUGGACAAUGUUGUUUCUGUCUUCAGCUGAAGCCUUUAAGUUUUUAAGGUCUUCAGGCUAAAUUGAUUCAGUUUCUUUCUCUCUAAUUCCAGCCCAAAGUCAUGUCUGCUGCUAACGUCUGCCUCCAAAAUCGAGCCCAUGAAAGCUUUGGACUCCAGGUUCACAGAGAGGUCAAAGGCCACACCAGGGGUCACCACUGCCAUCACCUCCACCGCUGGACUCACACCUCUGGACAGGUAGAUGAGGUGAUUUCUAUAGAGUGGAACUUUGGUAGAAAUGUGGCUAAAACAACUUUUCCUUUUUUUUCCAGCCGGCCAAAAGACGGCAUCUCCGCCCUGAGAGACAUCAAAGCCAAAGACGACACCAGCAGCGACAGCGAGGACAAGAUGGCCACCAUCAACAAAAACCUGGCAUUCACCAAGAGGAAACCUGAGCUGCUGAUGGACGGAGGAGAGGUGGUGGAGAAGAGGAAGAAGGGACGGCCCAGGAAAGACAAGAUGGCCGCUCCAGUCACCCAGCCCUUCACUCAGGUAGAGCAAUGGACAGAUCACGCAGAUGCUCUUGGAAACUGAUAUAUGAAAGGAGAGAAAAAAAACAAACUCAUCUGUUUCUCCCUGUUUUUUCUGUCAGAUAACUCCUCCUGCAGAGCGGGAGCCCAGCAAGGUUGUAGCAGCUCCUCCACCUCCUGUCGCUGCUUUCAAACUACCAACACCAAGUAUAAAGAAGUCCUUCAGUCUGCAGGUAACCUCAAUAUACAGCUCAGGUUGUUUCAGGUGUCAGCAGGCUUCAGUGUCUGCAGGAAAAACAGUCUGUAUGGAGAGCAAAAGCAGGAGGGUAUGAGCGCUCCUUUGGGGGGGGUAUAUGAGUGUAUCUCACAGACAUACCUCAUUAUAGGGUGUGUGUCUGUGUUUGUGUGUGUAGGUGAGCAUGGAGCCGGCAGUGAUCGUGGAGGUGGAGAACGAGGUUUCAGUGGUCGCUGGUUCCAAGCUCAGCCAGCUGCAGUGCUCCAGAGAUGGACGAGACUGGAACACACUGCUGCCCAGCUCAGUGGUCACCGCUGCAGGGAGCAGGUAGGAGGAGAUGUUGAAUACAGCAACUGAUUUACCCAACACAGGGAGCAUAUUUUAUAAUGCUCUUUUCAAAACUCUACAUUCCUGUCUGGAAUUUGGUGGCCUGACAAGAGGGAUGAAAUACUGGGGGUUUUUUUUGCAGCCUUGAUCUAGAGCGAUUUUGAAUUUUUUUGUUCUCAUCCAGUUCCAGAAAAGAUCCUGAAAUAUAUUUAAAAGGUAAAUAAAAGACUUCUCCUCUUCCUUCAGCGACGUCAUUGCCGUCGUCAGUCAGGACAGGAUGCUGUCGGUCUUCUCUUCCUGUGGGCGGAGGCUCCUUCCACCCAUCCAGCUUGCCACGCCUGUGUCUGCUCUGCACUGCACCGCCCACUUUGUCAUGGUUCUGACUGCUGGAGCAAUGCUGUCUGUCUGGUCAGUGCUCCUUCAUUUUGCAGGAUUUUGACACUUUGUCUGGUCUCGUUGUUGUUCGUCAUUUGGUUGGAUAUUUUCCUAUCGGUGCACAGAGAUGUGACUCACGUUUUUAAAGGAAGUGCACACAAACUCAGGUGCUUUUCCUGAAUAAUGGGUUUCCAUGUACCCAUAUUGAUUUCACGCUUUUAUGCAGUUACAGAUAGGGUUGGGUAUCGUUUGAUUUUGAACGAUUCCGAUUCCUCAUUCCGAUUCCUAUCGAUUCUCUAUUUCGAUUCUUUUAAAAGGCAGGAUAUCAAAAAAAAAAAAUCAUGGUUGAAAUGAGGGCGCUACAAGAGCUCUUCUUUUUGGAUGAAAUUUCUGAACUUCUCCAUGAAUUUUUAAAUCAUAUUAACUUUUUAAGAACUUUACUAUGAAUUUCUCACAUGGCUGUUUUCAACCAGUAUAUAAAUAUCAAUUUUUGUUUUCAGGUUGUUUGUCUAUGAAAAAGUACAAGGGCUAACGUUAGAUGGAUAUUUAAGUUUACUCACCGUAAACAGUACAAUUUGUUUACCGCUUCAAAGUUAGCAGAGGACAGAAGUAAUUUAUUGUUUCACUUAUCUGAUCCUGACUGGUUAGCGUAAGACAGGUGUUGUGCUGUAGAAUGCACCCCUGCCGUAGAAUGCCUCCCCUCCACUGAUUAGCUUCUUAAAGUGGAAGACAACGAUCUCAUAUUAAAAAAAAACACGAGUAUUAGAUCAUGAAAACAUGUCAAAUGGAGCAGUAAACUCGUUUUGUUUUUAUGUGUCUCAAAAAUGCACACAUAGAGGUGUACUUGGGUAUAUAAACUGUACAGAAAGCUGUUAAGGUAGAGAAGAUUAUAUUUUCGGGACAGUAAAAUUCCGAAUCAGAGGGCUAUUGUUUUCGGCAUAUCUGAAUAGACUGAAUGAAAUCAUUAAAGGCACACGCUUUAGAUUCCGUUCAACGGGAAGGAAAACUUGGAUUGUUUCGCCUUGUUGUGUACUUCCAACCGCGCUCCCGUCAGGGGUGCAUUCUACGGCAGGGGUGCAUUUUGAGGGACAACACCGGCGAAGCGCAUCAAAGACGAGCACUCGGGUAUUUCUCCUCCAUGAAUCCUGAGGUGUUUAAUCAUGUUGGUCGUUUACCCUCCUUUGCAUGAUACAACUGUAUUGCUAAUGUUGCAUUGAGAUAAGAGUUCAUUCUUCCUGCUAAAGUUAGCCAAACUUUUGACCAACGAAGAAGAAGGCGCUUAACACCAAUGAGGACGGAGCGUAUGAGACGAAGCCACAGAGAGAGAGAAGAGAGACAGACAGAGAGAGAGUGUGCAUUGUAACCCACAGCGGCUGCAUUGCUGUGGGUUGCAAUGUACUUUCUCUCUCUGUCUCUCUUCACUUUCUGUGUGGCUUCGUCUCAUACGCUCCGUCCUCGUUGGUGUAAAGCGCCUUCUUCUUCAUUGAUUUUCGGCGACUAUUUCUUCCGGUCGGCGGACUCCGGCAUUGAAACUUGGAAUCGAAAUUUUAAUAUUUGAACAAUACCGGAAGAAUCGUAAUGUUAGUCCCGGUCCCCAUCGAUACUCGAUUCUCGAUACCCAACCCUAGUUACAGAUUUCUCCUUUCUUGUGCUUCAGAGACACAGUGUCAGUCAAAGACUAAAGUGUAAAACUAAAGAAAAGCAGUCUGCAGUGCCCUGAUUUCAUAUAUUAUGAGAAACUUUUCUUAUUUCAUGUUUGACCUGCAGGGACGUCCAGAAGCAGAGAGCUCUGGUGAAGAACGAGUCACUGUCGACCAUUUUAUCAGGUGAGACACUUUUCCUUGAUUUUACAUGGAGACAUUUAAGUGUUAUUUGAAGGUUAUUGAAAAUGGUGACAUGCAUAAAAAUAUCAAAAUAGUGAUGAUGGGUUGCUUCAACACUGUAAAAAAAGGGGUUGUCUUUUUUUUCUCUUGUCAUUUAAUUCAACAUUUGUUUCACCAACAGCCAAUCACUGCUUCUUCUGUCAACUCAUCAGCAGAUUUAGACAGGGUUGUAAUUUGUGUCUCUGCUGUGGACAUUGUGUUUUCUACUGCCACUAUCCUGUCCUCCAUGUCUCCUGUGUGCUCAGGAACACAUGCUGCACACUGUAUAUAAGUUUCUUUAUCCUUUAAUUUCUCUUCUGUAUUUGUAUUUAUGCUGCUGUAAUUUUGGAAAUUCCCCCUGUGGGACUAAUAACAGUUUAUCUUAUCUCUUAACAUCUUAGAGAUGCCGGAUACAUUGAUGUUCAUACUGUUGUAUGUUCCAGCUUGAAGUCAGUCACACAGCUAAUAUUUGCUGCUGGCAUCUCUGUGUCAUGUCAAUGGCUGAGUCUAAUUUAGGUGUAUCUGACAUAAGGCUGCCAUCUUGACAUGAGUGGGAUUUUUCAGCCGUAGGAUUCUUUUCAGCUGGUUUGAAAGGCUCUUUAUCGACAGAACUGCAUCUUCAGACUUUAAUAUCACCAACAUUUUAAGGAGAAUGUUUUAAAUUACAGUUAAACAGAAAUAUCAGCGGGUCUGAGGAGUUUAUGCUCUCCUUUGUUUUUUGUGUCUUUAGGUGCUGACACCACAGUGUCUCAGUCUAUGCUGACUCAGCAGGGAGUCCCCGUCAUUGGACUGUCCAACGGGAAGUCGUACUGCUUUAGCUCCUCUCUGGAGACAUGGUGAGAAACAAACAAAAGGAGAUACGGGAGAUAAAGAAAAGAUGAAACCUUUAAAGGAUCCUUCUCAAUGAGUGACAAGUGAACGUAUGAAUACGUUUCUUCCUAAAUGGCAUAAAGAGUUUGUAUCUGUCUCUCUCAGGACUCUGAUCGCCGAUAAGGGAGACUCUCUGGUCCAGUGUGCGGACUUCAGGAGCUGCCUUCCUACCCAUGAUGCACCUGUGUCCUCAGGGCCGCUGGCUGUCAUGCAGGGGCGCAACCUCAAGUAUGGUCCUUCUGUUUAACUCCCACCAGCCUUUUUAUAUUCUCCAGAUUUGAUGCGAUGAAAGCAGAAAUAAUGAAAUCUUCUAUGUCUACAGUGCUGGUCGGCUGGCGUCCCGCCUCUCCUCCACCCCCCAUCACCUUCAGCAGAGUAUGACACUCGCCUUCCUGGAGAACCAGCUGGCGUCUGCUCUGACGCUACAGUCUGCACAGGAGUAUCGCUACUGGCUGCUCAUUUAUGCCCGAUUCCUGGUCAAUGAAGGUGCAGGACCAUCACUGCUUGGCGGUUUUUACUCUUUUAACAAUCUUGAAGGAAGUUUUCUGAGUUUUUUGCUCAAACUUUAUGAUUUCUGUUUGUGUGUUUGCAGGCUCAGAGUUUCGCCUUAGAGAACUCUGUCAGGAGCUGCUUGGUCCUGUCCAUAAAUCAGCAACGACAUCUUGGGAGCCAACCACUCUGGUAUGACAGCGACAGUUGUCUCUGUAUUUAAGGGCCUGUGUCCACUGACAACUGAAGUGCUCUAGAGUUUUUUCUUUCAUUCUGGGGCAUCUUACAAAAAAGAGGAAAAAACAGUUGUAGCUUGAAAUGUGCACUUUAAGGAAAAUAAGUGUGUUAAAUUUCUGCUUGGUACAGAUCUCUGCCACUGCUGCAGACAUCAGAAGUCCCGCCCCUUCUUUAUUUUGAUUGGUGGAUAAGUGAGUGACAAGCACAACAGUGUUCCUCAGGUUAAAUAUUUAAGUGCAGAGGCUUAAAGCAGCCGACACCACAAGCGUUUUUACACAGUAACACCCUGAACUGUGCUGGUCCAGAAUAGAACCACAGGCACUUCCCACAGAAACAGAAAAAAGCACGGGUGGACACUGGCCCUUCCACACAAACCUCUUAUUCUCCGAUAUGUUUAGUUACCUCUCCACAAAGACCCCCCUUAAAGAAACAGAUUGAGCUGGUAGGGCGUCAUUAUUACCUCAGUGGUGAUUUUGUGGCAAACUGCAACAUGAAAAUAAAACGAGCGUCACCUCCGACUUCCCCUCAGUCAUGUUGAUCCCUCUCUAUUCUGUUCUCUCUUCCUGCAGGGUCUACGUAAGCGUGAGUUACUGCGGGAGGUUUUACCCGUCAUUGGUGAAAACCUGCGAUUUCAGAGACUCUUUACUGAAUACCAGGACCAGCUGGAGCUGCUGCGCAACAAAUAACACACUGCUAUACACAGACACACACAGGGAGACAUAGACUGACACUAACAAGCUGUCCUUGAUCAGCUCUUCUCGGGGCAACUCUGACUGAGAGCUGAAAACCACGUGCUGGUGUCUGAUGAGAACUUUAAUCAGAGCAAGUCCUCGGCUUCGAGCACUCGGACUGACUCGUGCUGCCGCUCACCGGGGAGAAAUGGGUGCUGACUUUUUUAUUUCCUGAUCAUGAUUUCAUUUGAACUGUUGUCUUUUUUGUUUUUUUUUCUGCUUGGUGUGUUUCUCUGACCUGUGAACCUCUCUCCUGCACUCCUAAUCAUAAAUUUUGAGGAAAAUUCAGAGAGAGGCAGAGAGGAAGGUCGCACCUUUGUUUAUCAGCCUUUAAAUCAACCUCAAGAGAGAGAAAGAGAGCUGAGACGCUCACGGAGGAGACGAACGAAUCAGAGUGGAUGUAAAGACGCAAUAUGCUUGUACCAAAAUAAUGCCUUUGAGUGAAGAUGUUACCGCCGGCGUGUGUCUGUGGUGUGAAAAAGGAGGAGGAGAUGGGUGUCCAGAUAAAGGUUCAGCCACAUGUUUGAUAACAUGUCAAAUUUCUGUCCUGGAUCUGCCUGAGGAUGAUGUUUAUUAGUGUUUGAAUGUCAGAAGUUGAAGCCAAAAUAUGAGGUCUGAGUGAGGUUGGAGCUUCAAAAGACUCAAACUUUAGAAAUUAAAUUAUUUACUGAAACACAUGAUGGAUAUCCAGGAAAUGGAGUCCGAAAAAGGUGAAAUUUUUCAGCCAUUUGUCCCGUCAAAGCCGUGUGAAGGCGGUCACAUGGUGGAUAAAAAGCACUUAAAGCAGCCUGGAUAUCUAAAAAUGACUCAAAGCUCUGAGAUGAAAUCUUUUGGGAAAACUCUGCUGGUUCACUGUCUGACUCUGUUCGUUUCUUUCUGUAUGUCAUUUAUCCGUUAGGAACAGGCAGGGGGAAUUUUUGGCCGAAUAACCCUUUUAAAUGUUUUCUUUAUCUGUGAGGCAGGUGAGGUGUUUUUGCACUAUUCAUCUAAACUCUCUGUAAGGGACUUUGUUUUUGGCGCCCCCUGUGGACAAAGUGCUUCUGAGACUGCAGAUUUCAUCUCUUAGUUACAAAUAAAACUAAAGAAUGGUUAGGAGUUAGCAGAAGGAAAGAAACAAAAUAAAGGAUAGAAUUCAUAUUUUAGGUGGUGAAAGAGUAAAACUCAACAAUGUGAUGCAUCAGUCAUCAUAAAAACAUUGAAAACAGAACAGAAGGAGCCCCUUCUGUGUUUUCAGUUUUACUCCAAUGACCCUCUUCAGGCCAGAAAUACACCUCACUGCCUCACAACUUUGUUUGAGUCAUGGGCUGGUGAGGCAUGGCGCCCACUUGUGGCCAAAAGAAAUAUUAUAACUAACAGCCUAAAGAUUAAACUUUACUAUUUGGAGGAACUUUUUUAUUGGAAUGAUAAAAUGAAAUUGAAAAAGAGCUAAAAUUAUUCAAAUAAAAACAGUUUUAACCCUCCAUGGUUGCAAAUACGUGAGAGAAAACAGCUCAGAUCAGACUCAAAAAAUGAAUCAGUGGCUUGUUUUUCUCGACCCAUCUCUCUGAACUUUAUCAGUUGAAAAAAUAAACUCCCCUGAACAGACUUGAUAUAGAGUUAAAGAUGAAAUCAGGAUUCCUUUGUCCAGCUUCUUUAAGUGGAGAUCUCUCCUUUUUAAUAUCUGUUUAAAGUCUAUGAGUGUGACAGUCUUAAUCUUUUUAUCAUAUUUCUGAUAUCAUGUCUUAUGUUAAACUCAAGCAAACACUAAACCUGAACCAGGGAUCAGAUCUGCAGGUUUGAACCUCUCUUUGGUGUCACAUGCAAACAGAUCUUUUGUAAACACCAGGAGCUCCCCUAGGCCUUCCCUCCUGUUUCAGACUUAUUGUCUGUUGUGUCUUUAACUAACAGCAUCAGGUGCGGCUGUUUCACUUUUAAAUUCAGAGUUAAUUCUGAUUCAUCCGUCAGAACCAUCGAUCUGCUCUGGGACUUGUCUGAACAUUCAAUCGGCCAUCUGUGAUCAGGAAGCACCAGUGGAGUUUGGUUAGACAUAAUUUGGUCAGUUUUACUUCUUUUGUAAAUAUUCAGUCUCUAGUUUUCUUUGCUGACCCAUUUUCUUCCCGUUUGUCUGUUUUUGCGUAAAAACCACUGGAAAGAAAUCUGUUUAUUUUUUCCAGGACUGAGGGGGGAAAGUUUCUGUCCAGUAUCCAUGAACUUGAGUUUUUCACUGACUUUAGGGGCCUGAGGGUCAAACACCUCACCGAACUUCAACAGUAAAUUCUCUUGUCCCCAGUCAGACUGUGUGUAUAGAUGGAAGGGCUUGUUUACUGCUGUUACUCACUGCAGCAUAGAGGCAGACCACAGUCCAGAGGAGGAAACAGUCCUCUUCCUUAAGUAAUGUGUACAGCAUUUCUCUUUCUUUCUUUCACUUCUUUGGUUUGUAUUUUUGUUUAAGAUUUUUUUCUUUUUUGCUGUUAGUCAUUUUAAAUGUUUGUAUGAGGCAUUUUUGUUUCAAAUUUUCUAUAAGAAAAAGAAAACUGAGCAGAAAUGAGCUGAAAUUUUGCUUUUGAGAAGUAAAAAAAUAAAUGUUGAAACAGCUGAGUUAUUUUGUCAUCUUGAGUUCAUGAAUAAAUAUUCAUGUAUUGUAAAACGGACAUUCAGAGAGGCUGAGUCUCUCAGAGGGAAAGAUGGAAAGAGGUUCCCCACUCUGUGAGAGAAUCCAGAGAAAUCUCUGCACUAAAGGGACAAGGACCAAAACCAAGACAGGAUGGUCCUGAUCUUGAGGCCCUCAGGCAGCACUGCAUUAAAAAACAAACAACAACAAAAACAAAAACAGGACUCAGAAGUGGAAAUUACAGCAUGGGCUCAAGAUCACUUCAAAAACCAUUGUCAGUGAACACAGUUCAUUACUGCCUCCACAAAUGAGGUUAAUACUGAACCAUAAAAGAGGAGACCAGAUAGAGACAGGAUCCUGAAACACCAGGGACUUUCCUGAACCUGUGUCUGUUCAGAAUCGGAGUAGAGGGUCCACCCAACUUGUUCUUAGCUCUCAGUCCAAAACCAGUACCCCUCAUGGUAUUGGGAUCACCAGAGUCCAUGUCAUGGGUAUCUUCCUCAUCUGUGAAGGCUCCAUUACUGCUGAACAAUAUCUACAGGUUUAGGAGCAACAUCUGCUGACAUCCAGAAUAAGACUUUUUCAGAGGAGACCUUCAUGUUUCAGGAGGACAAUGACAAACCACAUUCUGACAACAGGGACUACAACAGCAUGGAUCUGUAGGAGAAGAGUCCUGCUGAGAAACUGGUCUGCCUGCAGUCCUGACUGUCCCCCACUGAAAACAUUUGGAGCAUCAUGACACCAAGAACAGGACAAAGACCUUGAACUGUUGAGCAGCUGAAAUUCUCUAUCAGGCAAGAGUGGUACAACAUCUCACUGUCAGACUCCAGAACCUGGUCUGCUGGAUUCACUAAGGUUUACAGAGAGUUGGUAAAGAAGAGCUGAGGACACACAGCGGUAAACAUGCCCCAGAACAAUAUUUCUAAAAUAUGUUAAUGGCAUUAAGUUUAAAAUGAGCACAUAUUUUUGUAAAAGAAUUUGAAUGUCAGUAUUUGAUAUGUUCUCUUUAAUUAGAUAUGAGGUUUAAAUGAUUUGCAAUAUUUCAAAUUAAGUUUCCAUCGUCAUUUAAAGGGAUAUUCUGCAAUCAGAGUUCUUGAGUCUCCUAAGACAAGUAUCAGGGCCACAUUAAGAACAAAAAAAAAGACUUCGAGAUAAAGGUUGUUAAUUUACGAGAAUAAAGUCAGUAAUUAUGAGAAUUAAGUAAUUACUAAUGAGAAUAAAGUAAUCACUUACGAGAAUAAAGUUGUAAUAAAGUAACUACACACGAGAAUAAAGCAGGGCUCUCAAGUUUUGAACUAAGCUUAGAGUGAGAUUUCCUUGGGGGGGGGGGGGGGGGGGUGAAGAUAAUUAUUAGUAUAAUUAUCUCUUAAAUACAACGGAGUAUAAGGGGCACAAUUAGAAAAAAAAAACGUUUUUAAAUCUUAAAGAAUAAAGUUAUUAUUUGGGAGGAUAAAGUCAUUAAUAUCAGUAUUAAGUCGUAAAGUGACCUGCUGUGAAGGAGAGUUGUUAAAAUCAGCACUGUGGAGCAUUUAGAUGAAUUGUACUUUAGUAUAGGUUUCACAAACAUGGAGAUACUUAAUCCUUUGGUAUAUGAGCGUUACACUGUCAUGAGUAUCAGAACUUAUAUUUGAGAUAUAUGAGAAAUGCUGCUUUUGUGGAGGGGGAAAUGGCUGUACAGAGGCUAAAUCCGUCAAUACAGCUGUUAAUAGCAAUAGCAUAGGGCUUUAGUUUAGUUUAGUUUAGUUUAACUUUCAUCUUUCGAAAACACAACUUAAGACAUGGUUAAAAUAAAAUGUCACAAUUUAUUUGCAUGUGCAAAAUGUGGUGCAGCCUCCGUGUCAACAUGGCUGCUCUCCUUCCAGAGUUUCUUCUGUCCUUUUCAGUCACCAGCUGGAUAACUGCUGUGUUAGGAGGCCACUCUUACACUUGUUAAACUAUAAUGAAAAGACAAAAAUAUUAAAAUACAAUAUCCUUUAACAGAUAUCCACCAAAGUAUGUAGAGACCAAUCUUUAAGAAGUGAUUACAUUCUGAAAGAAAAGAACAAAGGAUGCAGUCAGUGUACCUUCAUGCCCGGAAACUCUUGUCCAUGUUCACCAUCUUUGCUGCUGUUCUCAUCUUCUCUUCUUCUUUCGGCUGCUCAUCAUCUUCACUCUCAUCCUUGAGUGUGUCUAUUGUAUAGAGAUAAAUAUAAGGAGAUGAAAGAUGAAGAAAAUGCAGGUCAAUAGAGCAGCACACAAAGACAACAGUUUAGUGAAACAUGACACAUUCAUCAAACUUUACUUACCUUACUUCUUCAUGUUGUCUUGUUCAUCCAAUCUCCUUCUGCAUCACGGAGUUGGUCGUCAUCUUUGGCCUCCUCUGGAGUCAUUUUAGGCGUUUGACUCUUUGAAGUUACCUGAAACAAACAUGAAUUUCAGCCCUUCAGUUAAAAUUGUCUAUUUUUUUUCUUAAAAGCCGAACCUUUUAAGUAGUUAUAGAGUUAUUUACCUUCAAAUUCCCAGAAACACACAGUACAUCCAUCAUUCAUCUUUCCUUCGUCUCUCUCUUCAUGGGCCUGUCUCUUGUAUGUUUGGUCCUCCUACGUCUUCUGUCUCGUGCUCGGCUCUUCUGGGGGUUUCUUCUCAAUUGAGGUCCUUUUCCUAAAAAAAACAAAAAGAAAAUGGGUCCUACACUGACUUUGUUUCAUGUUAACAAUGACUCUGGAGGAACCAAACUCACCUUUAGACUCACUUACCCACUAAGUGAAUAAAUCAAGUACAGAGUUCACGCGAAAGGAUGUGACACAACACAGCACAUCACAACACAAACACACACGCGAUGACACAACACACAGAAGAAAACAACACAUCACAAUACGAGGUAACAGAGCACAUAACGACACAUAACAUCGAACAUGACGACACAACACAACACAUUAAAAAACAAGACAUCACAACAUAAACACAUGCAUGACAACACAACCCAUGAAACAAAACAACACAUCACAAGACACUAUACUAAAACUGCGCCACUACACAAAACAUCCCAACACAUAACAUCAAAAUAAAUUACCACACAACACAACCAAGGACUUUUGAAGUUCUGCCCAAUGAGUCCAAGGUGAAGUCGUUUUUU